CCGCGGUCACCGAGGGGCGCGGGCCGGCCCGUGGCGGCGGCGGCGGCAUGAAAGUGACAGUGUGCUUCGGCAGGACCCGGGUGGUCGUGCCGUGCGGGGACGGCCACAUGAAAGUUUUCAGCCUCAUCCAGCAAGCGGUGACCCGCUACCGGAAGGCCAUCGCCAAGGAUCCAAACUACUGGAUACAAGUGCAUCGACUGGAACAUGGAGAUGGAGGAAUUCUGGAUCUCGACGACAUCCUCUGUGAUGUGGCAGAUGACAAAGACAGACUGGUAGCCGUGUUUGAUGAGCAAGACCCCCAUCAUGGAGGUGAUGGCACCAGUGCCAGCUCCACAGGCACCCAGAGCCCAGAGAUAUUCGGCAGUGAGCUCGGCACCAACAAUGUCUCAGCCUUCCAGCCUUACCAAGCAACAAGUGAGAUCGAGGUCACCCCUUCAGUCCUUCGUGCGAAUAUGCCUCUUCACGUCCGACGGAGCAGUGACCCAGCGUUAAUUGGCCUUUCCACGUCUGUCAGUGAUAAUAACUUCUCCGAAGAGCCUUCAAGGAAAAACCCCACACGCUGGUCGACAACCGCUGGCUUCCUCAAGCAAAACAGUGCUGGCAGUCCUGCAGCCUGUGACAGGAAGAGAGAAAACUACAGAAGCCUCCCACGGGACACUAGUAACUGGUCUAACCAAUUUCAGAGAGACAAUGCUCGCUCAUCUCUGAGUGCCAGUCACCCAAUGGUGGACAAGUGGCUGGAGAAGCAAGAACAGGAUGAGGACGUCGCAGAGGAAGACAGCAGCCGCGUGGAACCCGUGGGCCAUGCCGACACCGGUGUGGAGAACAUCCCCAACUUCUCUCUGGAUGAUAUGGUAAAGCUCGUACAAGUCCCCAACGAUGGAGGGCCUCUGGGAAUCCAUGUAGUGCCUUUCAGUGCUCGAGGCGGCAGAACCCUGGGGUUAUUAGUAAAACGACUGGAGAAAGGUGGUACUGAACAAGAAAACCUUUUUCAUGAGAAUGAUUGCAUUGUCAGGAUUAAUGAUGGCGACCUUCGAAAUAGAAGAUUUGAACAAGCACAACACAUGUUUCGCCAAGCCAUGCGGACAUCCAUCAUUUGGUUCCAUGUGGUUCCCGCAGCCAAUAAAGAGCAGUAUGAACAACUGUCCCAAAGCGAGAGGAACAAUUACUACUCGAGCCGCUUCAGCCCGGACAGCCAGCAUGUGGAUCACAGGGGUGUGACCAGCGCGGGGCCGCAGGCUCUGCCCAGGGCGUCCCGGCUGAACCCCCGACCUGAGCACGCGGACCCUCACCCCCGACUCCUACCUCAGAGCGCGCAGCCCUCGGGAAAGCCGCCUGCCGCUCCCGCCCUGGCAGCACACCAUGUGUUCAGUCCCAGCAGUGGUUACAACACCAAAAAAAUAGGCAAGAAGCUUAACAUCCAGCUCAAGAAAGGUACAGAAGGUUUGGGAUUCAGCAUCACUUCCAGGGAUGUAACAAUAGGUGGCUCAGCACCAAUUUAUGUGAAAAACAUCCUCCCAAGGGGUGCUGCCAUCCAAGAUGGCCGGCUGAAGGCUGGUGAUAGACUCAUAGAGGUUAAUGGAGUCGAUCUAGCAGGCAAAUCCCAGGAGGAAGUUGUUUCCUUGUUGAGAAGCACCAAGAUGGAAGGGACUGUGAGCCUUCUGGUCUUUCGCCAAGAAGAUGCCUUCCACCCAAGGGAACUGAAUGCAGAGCCAAGCCAGAUGCAGAUUCCAAAAGAAACGAAAGCAGAAGAUGAGGAUACCGUUCUCACACCCGACGGCACCCGGGAAUUUCUGACGUUUGAAGUUCCGCUGAAUGAUUCAGGAUCUGCCGGUCUUGGCGUCAGUGUCAAAGGUAACCGGUCGAAAGAGAACCACGCAGAUUUGGGAAUCUUCGUCAAGUCCAUUAUUAAUGGAGGAGCAGCAUCGAAGGAUGGGAGGCUUCGGGUGAAUGAUCAACUGAUAGCAGUGAAUGGAGAAUCCCUGUUGAGCAAGACAAACCAGGAUGCCAUGGAAACCCUCCGGAGGUCCAUGUCCACUGAAGGGAACAAGCGAGGAAUGAUCCAGCUCAUUGUGGCGAGGAGAAUAAGCAAAUGCACUGAGCUCAAGUCACCUGGGAGCCCCUCUGGACCCGAGCUGCCCAUUGAAACGGUGCUGGAUGAGAGAGAGCAAAGGAUUUCCCACUCCCUCUACAGCGGGCUCGAGGGUCUUGAUGAAUCACCCACAAGAAAUGCUGCGCUCAGUAGGAUAAUGGGUAAAUACCAGCUGUCCCCCACGGUGAAUAUGCCCCAGGAUGACACUGUCAUUAUUGAGGAUGACAGGUUGCCAGUGCUUCCACCACAUCUCUCUGACCAGUCAUCUUCCAGCUCCCAUGAUGAUGUAGGAUUUGUGACGACAGAUGCUGGCACAUGGGCCAAGGUUGGCAUCAGCGACUCUGCAGACUGCUCUUUGAGUCCAGACGUUGAUCCAGUUCUUGCUUUUCAACGAGAAGGAUUUGGACGUCAGAGUAUGUCAGAAAAACGCACAAAGCAAUUUUCAGAUGCCAGUCAAUUGGAUUUCGUUAAAACGCGAAAAUCAAAAAGCAUGGAUUUAGGUUCCCCCAGCAGAGAUGUGGGGCCUUCCCUGGGUCUGAAGAAGUCGAGCUCUUUAGAGAGUCUGCAGACAGCAGUUGCCGAGGUGACUUUGAAUGGGGACAUUCCUUUCCAUCGCCCUAGGCCACGGAUAAUCCGAGGCAGGGGAUGCAAUGAGAGCUUCAGAGCUGCCAUUGACAAGUCCUAUGAUAAACCUGCAGUGGGUGAUGACGACGAAGGCAUGGAGACGUUGGAAGAAGACACGGAAGAAAGUUCGAGAUCAGGAAGGGAAUCUGUAUCCACAGCCAGCGACCAGCCUUCCCACUCUCUGGAGAGACAGAUGAAUGGAAACCAAGACAGAGGCGAGAAGCCCGAUCGGAGGAAAGAGAAAAUAGGCAAAGAAAAGAAGAAAGACAGAGACAAGGAGAAGAUGAAAGCCAAGAAGGGGAAGCUGAGGGGCUUGGGAGACAUGUUCAACCUGGCCAAACUGAAGCCUGAGAAGAGAUGAGCAACAAGCCAGAGUCCAAAUGUCUUGAGAAGCACAUAUUGCACAGUUGUUUUUGUUUUUUUUUUUUAAACAAACAAU